AAAAAAAUAAUAUAAAAUGAAGUGCUUUACUAUAAUUUUAAUUGUCGCUGCAGCAAUUCAAAUUGUUGUUGGAUCAGAUGAAAUUAAAAAAAUGUUAAUGGAAGUUGGUAUGAAAUGUGGAGCUGAACAUGGAGUUACUGAUGAAAUGUUCAAGCAGUUUGCUGGAGGAGAUUCAAGUAGCUUUGACGCUCAGAAAAAAUGCGCUGCCAAAUGCUUCUUUGUGAAUAUUGGAAUGGCAGACACCUCAAUGAAUUUAAACGAGGACAAGAUGAAAGAAUUUUUAGGAGCAGCACCCGCUGAAAUGCAAACAGCACUUGCAGAUUGUGCCAAACUAAGUGCCGCCGAGCCAUGCGAAAAGGCCUUCAAAAUUAUGGAAUGUGUCAUGAAAGCAGAAAAAAAUGCUUAA